GCUAGUUUAUGCUGCUGUUUUGAUUUUUGAUUUUUAUGCUAAGCUGUCAAAUAGUGCAAAGAGGCCAAAACAAUCGAAACCUUGAAACCCUUGAAACACUGCGCAGUGUUUUAUUGAAAUUUCCAUAAAAUAAUGUCGAAACAGUACGGUUUGAUAGAUCCGAAGGCAAGCAAAGCCACUUCAAAGCCCGCGUUAACAAAACAUGCGGCAUUUGAUAGCGACUCCGAUGAUUCCGAUUCGGCGGCGGACCCGAAAAAGUCCCUGAGCAUCGAACUGGGCGAAAGUCAAAAGCGUCAGGCGAGAGCUGCCCAGGCCAAAGCACUGGCCGAAGAUCCAACCGUCUAUCAGUACGACGAGUUGUACGAUGAGAUCGACAGUAAGCGGAAGGAGUCCAAGGAAAGCAAAUCCCAGGAGGAAAAGAAGCCGAAGUACAUUGGGAAGCUGCUGGAGACGGCCGAGAAGCGUAAGAAGGAGCAGGAGCGACGAAUCGAGCGGCAGGUUCAGAAGGAGCGGGAGGCUGAAGGCGAAAUGUACAAGGACAAGGAAUCGUUUGUUACGUCCGCUUACAGGGCAAAGCUGGAGGAGAUGAAGAAAGCCGAAGACGAGGAGAAACGAGAAGAGUAUCUAGAGAACAUUGGGGACGUUACAAAGCAGAGUGAUUUGGGAGGCUUCUACAGGCACAUUUAUUCGCAAAAAAUGGGAGAGGCGAGCGAACAGAAAAAGGAGAAGAACGAAGAAAAUGUCAAAAAGGAAGAUGAUGUUCGUUCUAGCGAAUCGGAAGAAGAUAAAAAGGAACGCCAAGAAUCUGAUGAGGAAGAGAGUGCCAGAAUGGAGGCGCUCAAGAGUAAAGAGGUCAGUCAUUCCAAGGUACGGCGUUAUCGCAAGCGGAACUCGGAGGAUGAGCAGAACGACGACAGUGAGGAAAAGAACGAUUCCUCUAAGAAGGUUCAUCUGCAGUCAAAUUUGGACGCUGACUCAGAUUUCAGUAUCGAUUCGAACAGUAGUAGCAGCCACAGUGAGAACGACAAUAGCAGCGAUGAUAGUGAUGCUGAGCAUGGUCGUAAGAGCGGUGACAAAGAGAGGAGCAAGGAAAGGAAUAGCUCAUCGCCGGAAAAGAAGAAACCAAAAGUGGAAGACUCGGAAGCACCUGCCAAUGGACUGGACAACGGGGACAAACCGGCCAAGGAAAAUGGUAAAGAGGCGGUUGCUAAAGUGGAGGAACCUACCGUAAAGGAGACGAAGAAACCCAAGGAACCUAAAGUGGACAUCUGGAAGAAGCGAACCGUUGGUCCAGCGUUCGAUGCGGCUCUGCAAAGAUACUACGAGAGGAAGGCAGCAAGAGAAUCAGGUUAAUGAUUUUGUUUGUGUAUUUUUACUUCAUGCAAAAUAUGCUUUUGUAAGUGUAAGAAAAUUUAAAAUAUUAAUAUAGAGAUCGAAAAUGGA